AUGAACAGUCAAUAUAGAGAGAGGAAUAUUAGCUGCAUACUGGCUGCAGAAUUUGAUAAUAAGUUGGGACCCGUCGUACGACACCAGUACCCAGAAGAGAUUAAUCUCGGAUCUUUAUCCGGGGACGAAAAAUUUCCAGAUUCCGGCACGAUAUUCGACCCAACUAAUCAUAUAGCCAACUUGAUGAUACCUGAGAAUUCAGAAAGACGACAACUAAUCCCCGAUUUUAUCGUCUUUAUCAUGUAUUUGCAUAAAUCAAACUAUUCAUACAGAUUGCUUCCUGAGGUGUACGAUGAUUGCAGCACGGAAACAACAGAAUGUCUUUACUUCCUAAGUAUCCACUGCGCAAUACCUGAUGAGCAGAAUUCCAGGGGUGCCUCCAUAAAAUCUGUAGCUAUAGGUACUACAUUAAGAAACUUUAUCCUCUUCAAACCUUUGCUAAUAAUAUUCUUGGAUUUUUAUAUGAAGCGAGAAAACUACAAAAUCGAACUACGAAUACUCAAAGAAUUUUUUGAUUUACUUAAUAGCGUCGAUCUAAGCCUCGUAGAAACGAUUCAUAAUGACAUCGCAUUUCAAACUAUGGUUCACUCACUCGAUAAUGAAGAUAUUGUCAGUGAGAUAUUCGAUAACCAAAAAAGCAAUGUCCUAAAAGAAACUUUGCAAAUAUCUGAGAUACCAAAACAGGAUAAGUACGGUAACUCGAUAAAUUUCCACAACAACUUUAUUUCAUAUCAAUUUGACACUUUCACCACAGAGAAAUUACCGCCAAUAUUUACCAAAAUUCCAUUACAGGCCAAUUUGAAGUUGUGGUCUGGGAUAGAAACGGACAUAGACUAUCAAAGAAACAUUCUACCAUUCCUUCUAAAAUUUAUUGCACAACUACCCCAACACAUGGACGCCGACGAUUCGGAUAAUUUUACUUGGAAAGUUUUAAUAAGUUCCGAGACGACAAAGGAUAAACUAACACAAAGCUUGGCAUGUCUGUCCAACCCAAUUCCCACUCUACUGUCCAAAAAUGGUUCCUCCUACUGUUCAUUAAUCAAGCGGCCGAUCGUGAUAGUCCCGUAUGUAGACGUUUCCAUGUUGGUAUCCCUCAGGGAAUACAUUGGCAAAACCCGGCCAUUGCUACUCAUUAUCGGUACAGCAAACCCAAUAAUGAAAGUUCAAGAGGAUUUAUGGAAUUUUUAUUAUGACAUGGAUACGGGGGAACUCUACUCGUCGCAUCUUCCAAAAAAUAAGUUGAGCUUAAAGAAAGAGUGGAAAGUGAAUUCCACAAACAUCAAAAAUGCUUUAGCCAAAAAACCGUAUCACAUAAACCCCAUGGCGCGUGGAUUCAAUUACUUGACACCCGGGUAUAGACCAGUAAGUUUAAUGUCCAAAUUUCUAAGUUUUUUGAAGGUGGGUCAACAUGACAACGAUACUGUGAUCAACACACUGAAAAGAGUAAGCAUACUUCAAAUUCUGCGUGUUUUGCAGGACCUCCCACAUGGUGCAGACAAGGAGUAUUUUAUUGAGCGUGAUGACUUUGUCGCCGCAUAUUACGAGAAGUUUAUGGAUUUUAUUGUAUUCCCAUAUUUCCUUCAUGACAGCUCAAGGAAAUUCUUAUAUUUUUUCCUGUCCCUUCAGCAAAAUAUGGACGACUUGAAAUUGUUGCUGAAUGACCCGACACAUGGAACAGAAAAGUUAUACAAUACCAUUUCUGCCGUGUAUGAUAACCUUAAGGAUAUAUUAGUGCUGUCUCACCAUGAUAAAAAGCAAAAUAGGCAAAUAUUAGCCAAUGUUGUUAUCAAUUUCCCACAGCUGAGUAUCAACAAUUUUGACAUCUUAGAACAAGAUUUUGCGGAGAUAGACUUGGUAAAAUUCUACAAUGAUGUAUAUUCAAAAGAUGAAAUGAGAGGUCUUUCAUUUAUCGAUAAGUUUGCAUAUUCCACGGCGUUCCCAAUCCUCUCAGAAUUCAUCUCAAUGCUCGAGGACAAAACGAAGAGCGGCAACCCUGCGUACUUAUCCCCAUCGAUACACACCUCUAGGACAUCAAAAAUUUCAAGAUCCAACUCGUUCAAAAACCUUUUGUCCAUCAAUAGAAAUCAAAGUGUCUUUGAAUCUGGGUCUCCCCGUAUCCCCAGGGAGACGAACAACUCUUUCACCCCUUCGCGAAAUUCCAUCUCUGCCGAAUCCGUGAACAGAAACAACGAAAACUUUAGGUUUGGCCGCUCACCCGUGGUCGAAAAAAGGAUUGACAAGAUCAAGACAUACAUAUUCACGAUAUUUUCCGACAUUGAGAAGUGUGGACCAGCUGGAAGUCUCCUUGUGUCCAACUAUCUGCCGAGCAAAGUGCUCUCUCAGUUUCAAAGGUACAAGAGUCAUUUGAGUCCGCAACAUACUUCUGCAACAGAAAAGUCUCGAAACUCGUAUUCAGCGGUGUUUUUGGGCAUCCCACCAGAUCUACCGGAUAGAAUGUUCCUUCCGACAUCGCCAAACCUUUCCUUUACGUCCAGCAAUAGAGCCUCGGGGGACGAAAACGGUUCGGAAAUGGCCCAGCAUGAGAUCGCUGCGCCGAUUAAAGGACAAGAUCAUCAGAGUACAGAUCGUAUAGUUACCGCGCGGCCCAAGUCCGCUGCAUCAGCUGUAGCCGAUGCGUCCAACGAUGGCAGCACGUUCUUCUUCGAUGCUGCCGAGUGA